GAAGGAAAUUUUGAAAAAAGUUAACCGCAUCUUAGUUGAAGUGAUAUACAUCGACAAAAGGCUCAGUAGAUUAGAAAAUAAAGCAGACCACAUUACAAGUAAAGAAAUUAAUAUUAAUAAUGUCGAAGAAGAUUUUGCUUUCAACACUAUUUCUUCAAUGGAUGAAUUACAACAGUUAGAAGAAAAUUUAAAAAACGAAGAAUUUUUCGUUAAAAUGAGAGACUUUUUGAAAUUGAAAGGUGGAACAAACUUACAAGACAAGAUAAAAAAUAUUUUCAGAACUUUAAUAAAGGACGAAAUAUUAAUGUUAUUUAGCUGGAAAGGAGCUCGAGGAAAAAAUGAAUUCCGAAGUUUUAAGAUUGUCAGUUUAAUUAUAGCUGUUGUUCGUUCAUACGACGCAUAUUCAACCGAGCAAAUAAUUAUAAAAAUUAUUAUCAAUUGGAUCGUUCAAGCUCCUGCACGUGUUCGUAGAAUUGCAAACAAAGAAAGAAACCAAACUGAUAAUAUUCAAGAUCAACAUCAAGAAUGAUAUACAAAAAAUGAAGAUAUAAAUAUUUUAAGAAAAU